AUAUAUCAAAAUUUAUACCCCUUUAUAAUUUGUACAAAUUUAUUCCUAUAAUUUUAAAAGUUUCCUAAAAUACCCCCUAAAUUAAAAAUUCCCUCUCUCAGACGUUCCCUCUCUCUUUCUGACGCUCCCUCUCUCUCUCGCUCUUCACGAUCACGAACCCCCCCCCACAUUUCCCUCUCUCAGACGUUCCCUCUCUCUCUCAUUCUCUCUGUUUUCCUCACGAGCACGAACCACAACCCACAAGCCCUCACGAACCCACAACCAACACGCUCCCACACUCACGAACCCACAAACCAGACUUCCCCUCUCUCUCUCUCUGUUCUCCUCACGAGCACGAACCCACAACCCAUCACGAACCACGACGAGGACGAUCCAGGACCACGACGACGACGAAGCACUGAACUUCACUGAAGUGAACCAUUGAACCACGAAAAGAUGGCUCCCAGACUCAUUAUUCCAGCACCCGAGCAUUUCACUGGCCGCGUCACAUAUAGGGGCACUGGAAUUUUUGCAAAAAUCAAAGCUCGGUUUGAGGAGUUCAACCUUAACAACACGGCGAAGGAAAGCCGUUUCGGGAGCUUCUGGAAUGCCGUACCACUGACAUUCUCCUCGGUGUUAUUUCACCAGCUGAUGCUCCACAAAAUGAAAGUGGAUGCUCAGGAGGAGUUGAGGAUGAGGUUUUAUGUUGGUCGGAAGGAGGUCCGAUUCGGGGUGCUGGAGUUUGCACUCAUUACGGGUUUGGACUUCUCCUCGGGGCCAACAGAAGAGGAGAAGGCUGCGCAGGUCGCGCGCUCGGGGUCAGACCGAUUGAUCAACAAAUAUUUCAACCGGUCUGAUACUGUGAAGACAGAAGCACUCCAACUUCAGUUCACAAACUGCCAGAACCCGGAAGACUUGUACAAGCUCGGCUUGUGCUUGUUUGUGGAGUCAGUGCUUCUGGGCCGCGAGGCCAACGCGCUGAUCACGCCUCACAUACUUAGAUAUGUGGAAGACCUCGAGUUCUUCUUCCGGAUUCCUUGGGGGAAGCACUCAUUCGCCAGACUCAUGCACUCGCUUCAGAAAGACAUGUUGAAACAGAAGGCCAACUACGAGAAGAAGCUGAGUUCGGAUGUUCAGCACGAGUGCAAAUACACAGCAUAUGGCUUCGCACCUGCAGUCCAAUAUUGGGCGUACGAGGCCAUUUUGGAGGUUGGCAAGAGGUAUGGCACGAACCACGGGAUUCGGUUCCCCAGGAUGCUUAGCUGGACGAGCAAAGGCGAUAUGGGGAAGAAAGACAUCAGCGCAUUAUUUUCUAGACGGAAUCUGGAAGUGGUGAAGGGGCUACUUCCACGGACAGAGGAGGAGGCAUUUGUGAGGACAAUUUCUUACGAUGGUGUGGAGAACCUGGUUGAUGAUGUUGUGGAUGACACAGAGGCUGAGGCAGGUAGUCAGGUACCAGAGACUCAGGUCCCAGACACUCAGGAAAGAGACACUCAGGCCACUGGUUCAGAACCUCAGCCCAGUGCACCAUCUUCAUCAGGCGUUCGGGGUGCCGAGUACACUGAUUUAGUGGCUCGGUUGGAUAGGAUCGAGGCUGACACUCAGGGUCUGUAUGCUGCUCAGGCCGAGCUGAAGAAGGCAUACGAGACCAGCCAUGUAGAGCUGAAGGGUGGUCAGAACGUAAUUAUGGAGCAGCUCAGACACAUAUUGGCCAUGUUGAAUCGUCCGCCAACGACAGCUUCAGCACCGGAGGCCCCAGCAGAUCCAUCUACCCCACCACCAGCUGCUUCACCCCCAGUAGAAGAGGAUGAGGUCUUCCCCGACGAUUACGAUCCUUAUGAGGGAGCUCCAGCGACUCCGAUCGAGGCACAACCUCUUAUCCAUGUACAUGACACCGAGUCGCAGGGUGAGAUUCUGUCCAUAGAGGCACAACCUGCAGUGGUUAAGAGUCGGAAGAGGAAGAGAAAGCCUCCUGUAUGGUUCGGUGACUAUACGGAGAUGAAGAGGAGACAUAGGCCAUCUUCGACUUUUGAUCCCCUGGAGCCACCGGAUGAGAAAUUGUUAACCACUUUCCGAAAGUGGUGUGUUGGACUCAUUCCGAACCACCGACUUCGGGAUUUGAGAAGUGGUGAUUACGGUCCAGGAUUCUUUUGGGUAAUGCUCACACCAAAGGAAUGGCUUACAGAUGACCAUAUAGAUGCAGCAAUGCAUAUGCUGAGGAGGCGACGCACCGACUAUCCACUGACAUUUCCUCAGAAGGGUAUCAUUCUCUCCACAUUCGUGACCGCCAUGAUCAGCAGUGCAUGGACGAGCCACAAGGGUCCGAGGAAAAACUUUAAAUGGGAGGAUUAUAUCCUGGACUACUGCACAGGGUUUCAUAAGUCCCAAGUCUUUGAGAGAUGGAGGGGUAACGAGUUUAUUUACUUCGUUCUGCACCUUCCCACGGCAAGACACUGGGUCACAGUUGAAGUCGACAUAGAGCUGUGGAAAAUUAAUGUCUACGACUGUGAUUCCAACGUCUGUCAUUGGACCGCCUUGGAACCCAUCAUGAAGGUUUGGGCAGAACUGCUGCCCUCGCUACUCCUUGCAACCGGGGAAUUUCCACAUAACAACCAGAUCAUGGCGUUAGCUAACUGUGAGAUCACGGUGCUUCCAAAAAUGCACGCGACUCGAGCCACUCACGACUUAGUUCCGAAGUCAGCAACCAGUGGUGAUUGUGGCGUGUAUUGCAUUGAGUAUGUGGAGCAUCUCAUGAUGCAGCGUGGAUUGACCGAUGUGACGCCAGACCGGAUAGCCAUGUUUCGUCAACGGUGGUGUGUCGAUUUAUUUUACCAAAAUGUCGGCUGAUUAUAUGUGUAAUUAUUGGGACAUUGUAUAUUUUGUGUAAUUAACAUUACAGUUACGUAUAUAUAGAUUUUCUUUUCGUUCAAAUUUUGAUAAUUAUACGUGGUUUCAAAUAUAAAAUAUCAACAUUAUUCAACAAAAAUAACUAUUAAACCUAAAAAUAAUUAAAAUAUUUGAAAAAUAUUCAACCUCAACAAAAAUAACUAUGACAAAAUAUGCAUCAUUACAAUAUAUCAAAUUUCCCAACGAAUACGUACAAGACGCCUCAGAUGCGGGCUUUGCAUGUUGCUCUGUUGUGGCCUGAAGCACCACAGCGGCUGCAGUUUCGUGGUACAGA